CUUCCUUAUCCACCCCAAGCCCAACAGAAGCAAACUCGCUUAUCCUCUUCCACUCAUGGCCGCCACCGUUCCGACUCACUUUCCAUCCUCCAUCCUCUUUCUUCGCCUAUCUCUUCACCGUCACCGCGUUACCGAAUUCCCGUUCCCAACUCAGAGUCGACUCAGUUUGAGAACUCGGGCUGCGGCGGGGCCCGAUUUGCUGGGUGAUUUCGGGGCAAGGGACCCCUUCCCUCAAGAAUUAGAGAGUAAUUUUGCGGAGAAAGUUUUGGGAAACGUUGAUACUGAGCACAAGAUCCUUAUCCCUAAUGUCUCUGCUCUAUCUCUUGCCAAGCAGGAUUGUGCCCCUAUACCUCCUCUGCAACCUCCCAUGUCAAUCGAUGAUGCUCAGAAGCUCUUAAAGAAGGUAAUCGGGUGGAGAUUGUUGGAGGAAGAAGAUGGGGUUAAGCUACAGUGUGUGUGGAAGUUGAGAGAUUUCAAAUGUGGGGUUGAGCUGAUCAAUAGGAUUUAUCAAGUUGUAAAAGCUACCGGCCAUUUCCCCAAUCUUCAUUUGGAAGAUUCUAAUCAAGUUAGAGCUCAACUAUGGACUGCUUCAAUUGGAGGGUUGAGCAUGAAUGAUUUUAUUGUAGCUGCCAAAAUAGAUGAGAUUAAAACAUCAGAUCUUGCCCCAAGAAAAAGAAUUUGGGCAUAGCCUUCUUUUUUUUUUGUUUUUUAAUUUCCUUCUCCCAAGCUGCUCACAAGUUCUUCUUCAACACAUGGUGAGUACAAUUGCUUAUGUUGAUGGUGAUUAUUUAAUAUUUGCCAAGCCAUGCUUUCUUGGGAAUAAAUUAAAAAAUUUGUCAAAUUUUCUGUGUAAAUACAUGUUAAGUUUAACUAAAGAGGAGAUAAAUUAAUAAGA